AUGUGGCUGACACUGAAGGAGACGGUUGCGUAUAUGGCCAGUCAUGUUAUUUACAACCUGUACUUUCACCCUCUACGCAACUACCCCGGACCAUUCUGGGCGAGGGCCUCGCUCUUGUGGCGCUUCUACCGCUCCGUAGAUGGUCGCUUUCAUCGGCACCUGGAGGAUUGUCACAAAUGCUAUGGUACCGUCGUUCGCGUGAGCCCUAACGAGCUCUCCUUUUCGAGUCCAGACGCAUGGACAGAUAUUUAUAUGCCUGGAACCAGAGGAGUGGCAAAGAUCCUCAAGAAUGAGUUUUACGACAUGUUUGGCGCUGGGAUGGACGAGCAAUCCAUGGGAACCGAACGGGAUCCUGUGCUGGCUCACCAUAAAUACGCACUAUUCGCUCCGGCUCUAUCAGCCAAGGGGCUGUCUCAGCAAGAGAAGGUUCUGCAGCGCAACAUUGACUCGUUUAUAUAUAAACUGGGAAAUAUGGGCACUAAUCACGUGUGUAUUGACAUGACCAAGUGGUUUAUCUACCUCGGAUUUGAUAUCAUGGGCGAAAUGGCUUUUGGUGAAUCUUUCGGAUGCCUUGACAGGGAAGCAUCGCAUCCUUGGCUUGAUCUCAUGCUCGGACUCAUGCACAGCGUCACAGUAAUGGACAAUCUCAGGCGGUACCCCAUGCUUGUCAAGCUCGCGCAAUGCAUUCCAUCUAAAUGGACCAUUGGCUUCCGUGAUCAGAUGAUCCAGUACGGGAAGAAUCAGACCGUCGCUCGACUUCAAAAGCAAGACAAACAAGACGACUUCCUGGAGGACGUUGCAGAUAAGGUCCGCAAGGGUGAAGUCUCUCAGGCAGAAAUGGAAGCGCAUUCUUGGAGCAUGGCGCUGGCGGGAGGCGAGACCAGUGGAUCUACAAUGACCUCGACCCUUUACUUUCUCCUGAAAAGCCCUGAAGCGUACCGAAAGUGGACUUGCGAAAUCCGUUCAGCCUACUCUAGCUAUGAAAGUAUUAAUAUUGCGUCGGCUACAAAGCUGAAGUACCUCAGGGCUGUGCUGAACGAGGGUAUGCGCAUGUUCCCGACAGUUGCACAGGGUACACCGCGCACAUCUCCGGGCGUGAUGGUUGACGGACGUUAUGUUCCAAAGGGGACUGAAAUUUGCGUCUCUCCGUGGGCCGUUACACAUGACCAGCGCUGGUGGAGCGACACAUAUACCUUCAGGCCCGAGCGAUGGAUUGAGCCUGGCUGCACAGACAUCAAGUCAGCUAGCCAGCCGUUCUCCCUCGGCCCUCGUGUCUGCCCCGGGAAAUUGUAA